GUUGUCUUCCUCUUCCAUCAGCGGCUCAAGGGCAAAAUUAUAGAGGGGUCCUCCUAGAUGAGAGACACUGAAGAUUUGUGGGCUUCCCACAAACACAUUUCAAAACAUGGAUUCACUCCCAGUUCUUGUCAAAUCGUUACUUUGGGAGAUGCGUUUCUACUAAGAGGGCGGAGAAGAAACGCCGUGUUUCAGGUUGUUUGUAGCACUUGAAGACCACCGUGCCGUGAACACUAAACACACGCGCUUAAAGGAGCAGCACAGGUUGACUCGUAAGUCGUCAUGGCGGACUCCAGUUUUAACAACCUGACUUCUCUCGCCCGAGCUUUGUCACAACCAAAACUCGACCUACUAGACUCGCCGGAUGUUGGUCCUCCACGGAACACAGCGCUGCAUCCUGCCCGAAGGAGAAAGUUAUCGAGCUGCAACUCGAUAGAGACCAUUGAGCCGCUGACCUCACCGACCACUGCGGAGGCGCGCGUGCUGGUCAUCAACACUGGAGGAACCAUCGGGAUGACACUUCACGAUAACGUACUUGCCCCGAAAGCCAAUGCCUUUGUCAAGAGCCUGCGCAAGCUGCCCAUCCUACACGAUGAGAUGUAUGCCCAGCAGACCUGCAUGUAUGAAUACUAUGGAUCUGAGAACAGCCUGGUCCUGCCGUUGAGUAAAGACAGUAAAAGGAUAAUCUACAAUAUCUUAGAGUACAGCCCUUUGCUGGACUCCUCCAAUAUGACCACGGAUGACUGGGGAAGAAUUGGAAAGGACAUUGAGAAAAACUAUGAAAGCUACGAUGGCUUUGUGAUCCUUCAUGGCACAGACACUAUGGCUUACACAGCCUCGGCCCUGUCCUUCAUGUGUGAACAUUUAGGCAAACCAAUCAUCCUAACUGGCUCACAGGUGCCUAUCUAUGAGAUGAGGAAUGAUGGCAGAGACAACCUGCUGGGGGCGCUGCUGAUUGCUGGCCAGUUUGUCAUCCCUGAGGUCUGUCUGUAUUUCUACAAUAAACUCUACAGGGGAAAUCGUGUGACCAAGGUGGACGCUGGAAGUUUUAAUGCAUUCUCCUCUCCUAACUUGGCUCCUCUGGCCACUGCUGAAGUGGAUAUUACAAUCAACUGGGACACGGUGUGGAGGGCGAACACCACAGCGAAGUUUCAAGUCAGUACCGAACUGAACAGGAAUGUAGGCCUGCUCAGGCUUUUCCCAGGAAUCACUUCUGCAACUGUGAGAGCUUUCCUGCAGCCGCCCAUGCAGGGUGUAGUCCUGGAGACCUACGGCAGCGGAAAUGCCCCCGAUAACCGUCCUGACCUGUUAGAGGAGCUGAAGAAGGCCACAGACUCUGGUGUCAUCAUCGUGAACUGCACACAAUGUCUCAGGGGGACUGUGUCUGCGUCCUAUGCUACUGGCAAGGUGUUGAUGGAUGCAGGGCUGAUAGCUGGUGGAGACAUGACUCCAGAGGCUGCCCUCUCAAAGCUGUCCUAUUUAUUGGCCAAAACAGAGCUGGAUCUAGAUGCCAAGAAGAAGAUGAUGGGUCAGAACCUGAGAGGUGAGAUGAAAGCCGACAUAGCAGGCGCGAAGUUGGCCCUGAGCGACAGCCGCUUCAUCCAGGUCAUCGCCAAGAGCCUCAGCAUCAGCUGCAAAGAGGAGCUGGAAGCAAUCCGUGAUGCCCUGACCCCCUCGCUGGCAUGUGCUGCUGCUAAGAUUGGAGACAUGGAGGCUUUGGAAGCCCUAAACGAUAUGGGCAGUAACUUGUGUCUGGGAGAUUAUGAUGGACGUACACCCCUACAUAUUGCCGCCUCCGAGGGCCACCUCAAACUGGUGCAGUAUCUACUUGGUCAUGGGGCUUCAGUCUAUGCUAAAGAUCGCUACAGUGACACACCUUUAUGCAACGCGGUACGCUUCAGGCACAAAGAGGUUGUGAAGCUGCUGAGAAAGACGGGAGCACAUUUCUCCAGAGACGAGUUGGAGGAAGCAGGAACAGAGCUAUGCAGUCUGGCAGCCAUUGGUGACCUGGAGGGCCUGGAAAUCUGGAGCCUUGCCGGGGCGAAUCUGAAUAAACCAGGCUAUGAUGGACAGAAUGCCAUUCAAGUGGCUCGAGCUGUCGGCAAAAAAGAAGUUGUGGCAUUUUUGGUGCAGCUGAUGAGCAAUAAAUCCAAGGGCGUUUUUGAUGAAUUGAAUGAGUGUGAUGAAUAUGAUGACGAUGAGAACAGUGAAGUGAUUGAGUUCACCGCUUCACCAGGAGGACGUUGAGCCAACCAACUUGUACUCUGUGUAGAGCCGCUCCAUGCCAGGCCGUCCACACACACCGUCCACUGUCCUCUUCAAUUUCACAGACUCACUUUCCCUUUAAAUGUCAGCACAAAUUAAAAUACUAUUUGAAGGCGUCACUGCUCGUGUUUCCCUCAAAAACCCUUUCAAAGCACAACAUUGUUUUGGGUGUCCCCAAAAGGCAAUCAGUAAACGAACGUAUGUAUGAUUGUUGCACAGUGAUAUAUGUAUGAGAAAACAUAUGGUCUUAAUGAAUGUUUAUCAAAUGAUUUUAUUUUAUUAAACACUGAUUGUGACGUCCCUUCAGGGAUCUUAAGGUGAACUUCACCUGAGCUGUUUUUAAAUGAAUUGAGCUGAAACAAACAUUGACUACUGUUACAUGACUUUAUAAAGAAAUGCUAUCUUAUUAUAGCAAUAAAUGUUACUACAGGGUACGUUCACUGAUUGUAUUUUUACGCUGAUUUAAAAAAAAUGGAACAAACAUAACUUGAAAUUAAUAAGUUGUCUUGCCUUUUAAUCAUAUGUAAUAUUUUACAAUUGUCGCACUUGUCUACUUUCAGUAAAACUUUCAGUAAACCUCAACCUUUUUCAAUCUAUUCUGCUCAAACAGGAUUAACAAAAACCAGCAGCUAACCUUCCAGACUCAUCCAGCCUGUUUCUUCUGCUGAUUGCUGAGCUUGAAAAGUCGCAUUUCUCCCUUUGAGAUGGGAAAGGGGAAAGCCAGACUAUUGUUCGAGUGAGAUUAAGAAAUAAACCUGCCUCGGUUUCUGUUUUCUUACAUAUUUUUUAAAAGUCUUCAUUUAUUUACUUUUUUCUUUUCUUAUCUUUGUUGUGCAACAUGUGCAAUGUUUUGCUGCCCUUGUGUGAUUUAAUGUCUGUAAUGACUGUAGGUCUUUUUUUUUUUUACACCUUGAUGUUAUCAAGUGUAAAGAAUGGUGUUGGAUUACAUGUGACUUCAAAGUGUAAACACAUUGGAAUUGACUGGAAUGUUUUUCCUUUGUUUUCAAUGCUGUUAUUGUCUCCCUGAUCCAAAAAUGUUAAAGGGUCAUGUGUUUUAAAAACUGAUACAUGUUGGGUGGUCAGUUUCUCAUGUGGAAAAAAAGCAACAGAAAUAAAUCUUGUGUUUCAAA